AAUUUUAUAUGUGUAUUUUUGUAUUUAGAUACUUUAUAGUAAAAUAAAUAUUAUAUUUGAUUCUACUAGUAUUAGGAGUAUUAUAUAUAGGGGGCUGGUCAAGAUUCACUUUCCAUAUCGUUGGUCGGAGGUCCUCUGAUAAGUCAUAACUCAUAACCCCUCUUUCUGUUUCUCUGAGUUAUUUUUUGAGAGAAUCAAGAAAAUUUUGCUGACCCAACUCACAAAUCCUCAAGAAAUUGUUAUGGAAGCUACAAUGAGCUAUUCCCAAAACAUAAUGGAUGAUGAGUAUGAGAAAUUUAUCAGAAGAAUGAAUCCACCAAGAGUGGUAAUUGACAAUGAAUCUUGCAAAAAUGCCACUGUUAUACAGGUGGAUAGUGCUAACAAACAUGGAAUACUUCUUGAGGUGGUACAAAUCCUUACUGAUCUUAACUUUAUCAUUACAAAGGCUUAUAUUUGCUCUGAUGGUGGAUGGUUUAUGGAUGUAUUCAAUGUCACCAAUCAAGAAGGAAACAAGAUUACAGAAGAACCAAUCUUGGAUUAUAUCAUGAAGUCUCUUGGUCCAGAUUCUUGUUUUGCUUCUUCUAUGAGAAGAUCGGUUGGGGUUACUACGGGAAUGGACCACACCUCAAUUGAGUUAAUUGGAAGUGAUAGGCCAGGACUACUAUCUGAAGUGAGUGCUGUCCUCACCAAUCUUAGAUGCAAUGUGGUGAAUGCUGAAGUGUGGACGCAUAACACUCGAGCAGCAGCUAUAAUGCAAGUUACUGAUGAUGAAACCGGGGGUGCGAUUGCUGACGCUGAAAAGUUGUCUAUGAUCAAGAAACUAUUAUGCAAUGUACUUAGAGGUAGCAAUAAAUCAAGAGAUGCUAAGACAUUGUUAUCUCAUGGGGUCACUCAUACCGAUAGAAGGCUUCACCAGCUGAUGUUUGCAGACCGGGAUUAUGAACGUGCCACUGGUGACGGAUCGGAUGAUAAAGAAAGGCCAAAUGUAAACGUUGUUAAUUGGCAAGACAAGGACUACUCAGUAGUGACAAUUCGGUGCAAGGAUAGACCAAAACUUCUGUUUGAUACGAUUUGCACUUUGACUGAUAUGCAGUAUGUGGUUUUCCAUGGCAAUGUCGAUACUGAAGGACCAGAAGCUUACCAGGAAUACUGCAUUAGGCAUAUCGACGGAUCCCCUGUGAAGUCAGAUGCAGAAAGACAGAGAGUGAUUCAAUGUCUUGAAGCAGCAAUAGAAAGACGAGUAUCAGAGGGGUUGAAGCUAGAACUAUGUACCACGGACCGAGUUGGGCUGCUGUCCAACGUUACCAGAAUCUUCCGCGAGAACAGCCUUACUGUCACUCGAGCAGAAGUGUCAACAAGAGCAGGCAAAGCCUUGAAUACAUUCUAUGUUCGCGAUUCAUCAGGGUACCCUGUCGAUACUAAGAUCAUAGACUCUGUUCGACAAACAAUUGGCCAAACGAUACUUCGAGUGAAAGGCUCCCCUGAAGAGUUGAAUCCAGUACAACAAGAAUCUCCAACUAGGUUCCUCUUUGGGGGCUUGUUCAAGUCCAGAUCCUUUUGUAAUUUCGGUUCGGUUCGAUCCUACUCUUGAAAGGAAAACUCAAUAGUCCUCUUUCCAUUGUAUAUAUUUCCCAGGUUUUAGCCUUUUAGGUAUGGUUAAUUAGCAAAAGUUGAUUACUUACCUAAGUGUUUGUAAAUAUUACAUUCUUGAUCACAUUUUGCUCUUUUCAUUGGUAAUGGAUUCAACACAAUGUUGACCAAGUUGAAGCAAAUUGAAAAUUCAAGAAUCAUGUCGUUUUCAGACUCCACUUGUGAGGUUUUACUGUGUCGAAAUGUGGCCAUUUGAACUA